AUGGAAAGGGGAACCCGGGAGAUAUCGCUAGACGGGGACCUCCAUUUGGAGUGUCCCCCUGAGAGGAGCUUCAAAGAGAACAGAAGUUGUGACAUCGUAGAAGGUUGUCUUGUGAGAAAGGGAAAGAAUGUAACUUAUUUGAAUCACUGCGAGGAGGAGAAAAUUGCAGAGCAUUCCACACAUGAACGGUGUUAUAUGGAGGGAGUUGCGUUCGCUAAGAAUCUCCAAAAUGGAAAGUGUAACCACAUGGAUGGAAAUAUGUGUAGGUAUAAAAAUGGACAAAUGGUUGUUGCUAACUUGGGGCGGGGAAACUGUCCGGGAUGUGCAAACCUUUACAGGGGACCUCAUCAAGGAGAUUUACCAUUGUGUUGUGAAGAGGAAAACAACAGGAAGAAAAGUAACCACACAUGUGAACACCCCCUAUGGAAUCGCAUCGAUAAAGAGAGAGAUUCACAACGUAGUACUAACGGUUUAGUCAGACAUGUGGAGGAUUGCCCGCAUUUUAAAGCCUUAGAAAAUUUCCAUCAGCUAGAGGAAGAAGUAGAUAACCACGGAGAUGAUUACAGUAGUACCAGUUUGGAUGGCACGGAUUACGCCAAUUUUGAAAACUCAGAUGCAGAGGUUUAUGAGGAUGACGAACUGAUGCCAAAUGACGAGGAAGAUAUUGCCCAAGGGGUAAACUUCGGAACCACACUGGAAAACAUGUCGCCCAUCAAUAAUCAAGUCGUUCAUACGUUCGGUACUAAUUUGGAACAUUAUGGAUGGAAGAAAAAAAAAAAAAAAAAAAAAAAAAAAAAAAAAGGUACGUACGAACAAGCUAGUGACAGAGAAUCAGAUGAUAUGUUGCACAAUAUGUCCCACCAGAAGUUGACAGGGACGUCUGUCAUGUUAACUGGGGAAAAGUCCAAAUACAUUUAUAAACUAGUUCCUUUUUUUAAGAACGGGGAAGCCAAGUUCUACAUGAAUGCCUUUGCGGCGUAUGACAAACUGCACGGACAGUUCAGGGGAGCCCCCCGGGGGUUCGACAACCGUUGCGAGCGUGGUGAACGUGUAGAAUGUAUGCAGCGUCACCAACGUGACCGCCUCGUGAAGCUGCACACCAGCAUGGAGAGCGCCAUGACCUACUUUGACUUCAUGAACGAGAAGGUGAUGAGUGCAACCCGGAAGAAGCUACCCCCAAGUAACCCGUGCAAGGUAACCCUUCAAGGGGACCAAAUGAACGAUGUGAUGGAACAUCCUCCAAACUACGUAGCGCCUAGAACAAGUAUCCCCAUCAACAGGGGAAAUACGAACAGGUCUCAUUUUACGAAAAACUGUUUAGAAGAAAGCCCCGAAGUGGAACAUUUCCCCUGUGAAAAUCCCCACCUGGACAAACCAAACUCAACGUUGAAGUCGCCACGUCGAGUGGAAGACGACGCACAUGGAACAAUACGAAGUGGUGGCUACUACGCUGUGCACAUCUCAGAGGAAGAAAAGUUAGUGAAGUCCCCAGAUGAACAUAAAUGUCCAGUAGAGGAAGGACAAACAAAAUUUCCCCUUAAUGCAAGCUCGUCUGCAUGUGUAAGGAACGAUGUCAUGCCUUGUCUUCACUUGCAUGGGAACAGGGGCCAUUACGCGAAGAACAGAAACACCAGUGCGCUGGGAGAACACCGUGUCUUGGCCUUUUUAGUCAAGCAGAAGCUCAUUCCAAAGUUUUACAACAUAGUGCCAGUGUAUCGAUGUGAAGAGGAAGAGGCGGCCUCGUAUUUAGCGGAGACUCACAAAAUAAAAAGUAGGAGCCAAAAUGCAGGAUCCACUGCAGACUGCGUACCAGAGGCAAGGAGAAUCAAGACGAAUGAAAAAGAACCACCCCUUAAUGGUAGACGUGAUGACGUAUCUGUGAGAACAGAUAUGCCUGGUCAAGAAGCCGAGAAAUGGAGAGUGGGAAAGUUGAGCGAUCUCGUGAAAGCAGCCGAAGGGACUCCAAGUGGAGAUCCUUCCGAACGCACAGUCCACUUAGCGCUGAAAUUGAAAAAAAUUUGCCACUCGAUAGACCCACGGAAUCAGAACGUGCUUGACUUAAAACUAGGUUACAACACAUUGAAGGAUAAUGAUAUACAGUUUAGUGAAAGACUAAAGGAAGAGAGCAACUCGAUCCCUUGGAGUGAAAAGGAAAAGUAUGUGAAGAGGUGGUCGAGGAUGAAAAAAGACAUACGAAAUGAACACCUAAAUACAAGUGAUGAACACAUCAUAGAUCUAUCUGCCAGGGACAUGAACUUACCUCCCGCGUUUUUCAAUUACGAUAACCAUGAAAUUUAUUGCCUCCUAAAAUCCUGGAAACAAGAAAUUACUGCACGCAUAACAACACAGAAGAGGUUGGGAUUUCGUAUAUGCGCGUUAGUAUGCGGGGUGAAGGAGCAGGAAGUGUUGACGGACGCAGGGGUGCGCGAGUUCUACGCGCAGUGCGUGGCAAAGUAUGGGUCUCUGGCCGAUGGUGAUGCCGCUUGUGAUGCCGCCUGUGAUGCUGCUUGUGAUGCUGCUUGUGGCGGAAGCUACGGCAAGCAGGGCGACCUGAACAGUCAGCACCACCUCCACAGCCUACCUUGCCAUUCCCUGCAACAUAGCCACCUUUCGGAGGAAAACCAUGUUCAGCACGAUGGGGCGAGAAUCCCCCCCAGCAUCGACGACUGCUACGACCGAGUUGACAACAAGCUGCAAAUCAGCAGAGACGUCGGUCUCCACCUAAGGGAAGAGCACGUGGUGUAUGCACUGAGCUAUUUUUUUAAAAGCAUCGUUUCGAUUGUUCUCCCCAAAUUGAUAAGCCUGAAAGUGUGGCUGGAAGAACAACAUGUUUAUUCCUUCUGCUCCACCUCCUUGUUAAUUAUAUAUGACCGAAGAAACCCGCAGACGUGUGACGUAAAGUGGAUUGAUUUUACCUACUCGUUUGACAACACGGUAUCUCCAAAUAUAUAUGAAAAAAUGAAACAUGAGAGGCUGAACUUGGACAUCCUUUUUGGCGUAAAUAAUUUAAUUAAAUUAUGCAGAACGGUAUUUUCUGAUAGCCAAGUACCGCCAUCUCCAUGUCUGUCGAGGUGUGAGAGGGACCGAUAUCAUCCCGGGAUACACGACAAGCCAAAAGUUAACUUGUAG